AAUGAAUCUUAAGUAUUAGCAGUUACACUUAUCCAAACUUUUAUUAUAUGAAAUUCAUGAAUUGUCACUACAGAGGGAUGCACACCCGAAGGAUGCAUUAGUCUUCCCAGCGUGGACAAACUGCAAUGGGCCAGAGCACUUCCUUCUAUGAGAACAUUGCUCUGCAUUAUUCCUGGAUGCUGGAGUGAGAGGACUGGAAGGGACAUGCAGUAUGCCCUCUGCAUGUGUCCGGAUGCUCCAUUCCACUUCAGUAUGCUGGACAUGCAUUCAAUCCGGCGGUGGUGGUGUGUCCUUCUUAUGGAGCGCUUUUGGAUAGACGGCCACAGCCACAGGUUUGCUUUCUGGACAGAUGAGGCGAGUUGUCUGUUACAGGGCAUUCUUCAGCCGGUGUACCGGGUGAGCACGGGAACUACCAUGGAGGUCCCAGCACAUAUCCAGGCCAUCGCUGAGCGGACAGCCACCGAGCAGGCGCUGGUUCACUUCAUUGUCAAGGAGCACGGGACCGAGGAAGGACUACUGGCAAUCAUCAGUGACAAGGAACCCUCCAAGUGGCUGAUGGGUUUCCAAGGGAAGUCGCCUAAACAAAGGCCCAGUGUACCUUGACAAUGACGCCCAGCAGGACAGGUUGUUCAAGUACCUCGAGACUGUCCUGAACAGUAUAUCCUCUCCAGUUGUCAUCAGGAAUCAUAUACUGUUCAUUCUAGAGGUGUUGUUCCCAGAGCCCUGCUGGCAGCAUCUCCAGUCUACUCUGUCCGCAUGUUUGUGAACAUCGGCCGUUCCCUCACUCUCCCCUGUCAUGGAGCCCCCAGCAGGGAUGUGGAGUGGCGCUUUCAGGAGUAUGAGUAUCCUGACUGGCUGGGUGUGGCUGACCUUUACACCGGAUCCUUUUCCUCUGGAAACGGCUUCCAGGGACGGGUGGAAUCCUUCCACUUAAAAGAUCCGGGAAACUACAGCCUCCUCCUCAGUCCUGUGGUGUACAGUGACCUCGGCAUUUACAAAUGCCAGUACAUAGAUGAGACUGAGAUCAUUCUUUCAGAUGUGAAACUAGAAAUUAGAGUCCCAUCAAAUGUUUUCGUAGCGAUGGGAAUGUCCGCCAGUCUUCCUUGUUUUGCGCAAAUUAAUACACGAGCGCGUGCUGAUGAUCUGGAUAUCCUCUGGAAGAGAGGUGGAGAGAACGUUUACCAGCUCCUUAAGAAUACCAUCACAUAUGGGCCCAGGUUCGAGAACAGAGCUUCAGUUUCCCCAGAACAAGCCCUCUAUGGAAACAUGUCUUUAACCAUCAGACAGACACGGUUUUCAGAUGAAGGCGACUACCAGUGCUUCUACAACGGUCCAAAAGAGAAUCCAGAUUCUGCCAGUCUCGUUGUGACAGGCCACCCACCCCAGAACCUCACAGUGAAGGCCGGUGGUUUGCUCUCCAUACCGCUCUAUACCGCAGACCCAGUGAGGGUAACAUUCAGUGCAGGCCUUGGUUCAGAUGAGGUGCUGAUGCUCGAUGCAAAUAAAGGCCCAGCCAGGUAUGGGGAGCGUUGUGCUCAGAGAUGUGAGCUUCUGGCCCAGAACUACACCCUUUUGCUGAGGAGUGUGACACUGGAGGAUGCCGGAGUCUACAAGGUGACCGAUCCUGAGACCAACAGGACCAUCGGCUCAGUCUCUGUGCGAGUCUCAGCCCUGCUGGCAGCAUCUCCAGUCUACUCUGACCGCAUGUUUGUGAACAUCGGCCGUUCCCUCACUCUCCCCUGCCAUGGAGCCCCCAGCAGGGAUGUGGAGUGGCGCUUUCAGCAGUAUGGGUAUCCUGACUGGCUGUACGUGGCUGAUCUCUACACCGGAUCCUUUUCCUCUGGAAACGGCUUCCAGGGACGGGUGGAAUCCUUCCACUUAAAAAAUCCGGGAAACUACAGCCUCACCCUCAGGCCUGUGGUGUACAGUGACCUCGGCUUUUACAAAUGCCAGUACAUAGAUGGGAUUGGGAUCAUACUUUCAGAUGUGAAACUAGAAAUUGGAGAACCAUCAGAUGUUUCCGUAGCGAUGGGAAUGUCCGCCACUCUUCCUUGUUUUGGGAAAAUUAAUAUACAAGCGCGUGCUGUUGAUCUGGAUAUCCUCUGGAAGAGAGGUGGAGAGAACGUUUACCAGCUCCUUAAGAACACCACCACAUAUGGGCCCAGGUUCGAGAACAGAGCUUCAGUUUCCCCAGAACAAGCCGUCUAUGGAAACAUGUCUUUAACCAUCAGACAGACACGAUGUUCAGAUGAAGGCGACUACCAGUGCUUCUACAACAGUCCGAAAGAGAGGGGGAAUCCAGAUUCUGCCAGUCUCGUUGUGACAGGCCACCCACCCCAGAACCUCACAGUGAAGGCCGGUGGUUUGCUCUCCAUACCGCUCUAUACCGCAGACCCAGUGAGGGUAACAUUCAGUGCAGGCCUUGGUUCAGAUGAGGUGCUGAUGCUCGAUGCAAAUAAAGGCCCAGCCAGGUAUGGGGAGCGUUGUGCUCAGAGAUGUGAGCUUCUGACCCAGGACUACACCCUUUUGCUGAGGAGAGUGACACGGGAGGAUGCCGGAGUCUACAAGGUGACCGAUCCUGAGACCAGCAGGACCAUCGGCUCUGUCUCUCUGGAAGUCUCAGCCCUGCUGCCAGCAUUUCCAGUCUACUCUGUCCACAUGUUUGUGAACAUCGGCCGUUCCCUCACUCUCGCCUGCCAUGGAGACCACAGCAGGGAUGUGGAGUGGCGCUUUCAGCAGUAUGAGUAUCCUGACUGCCUGGUUGUGGCUGACCUCUAUACCGGAUCCUUUUCCUCUGGAAACGGCUUCCAGGGACGGGUGGAAUCCUUCUACUUAAAAGAUCCGGGAAACUACAGCCUCCUCCUCAGUCCUGUGGUGUACAGUGACCUCGGCAUUUACAAAUGCCAGUACAGGGAUGAGACUGAGAUCGUUCUUUCAGAUGUGAAACUGGAAAUUAGAGAACCAUCAAAUGUUUCCGUAGCGAUGGGAAUGUCCGCCACUCUUCCUUGUUUUGGGAAAAUUAAUAUACAAGCGCGUGCUGUUGAUCUGGAUAUCCUCUGGAAGAGAGGUGGAGAGAACGUUUACCAGCUCCUUAAGAACACCACCACAUAUGGGCCCAGGUUCGAGAACAGAGCUUCAGUUUCCCCAGAACAAGCCGUCUAUGGAAACAUGUCUUUGACCAUCAGACAGACACGAUGUUCAGAUGAAGGCGACUACCAGUGCUUCUACAACAGUCCGAAAGAGAGGGGGAAUCCAGAUUCUGCCAGUCUCGUUGUGACAGGCCACCCACCCCAGAACCUCACAGUGAAGGCCGGUGGUUUGCUCUCCAUACCGCUCUAUACCGCAGACCCAGUGAGGGUAACAUUCAGUGCAGGCCUUGGUUCAGAUGAGGUGCUGAUGCUCGAUGCAAAUAAAGGCCCAGCCAGGUAUGGGGAGCGUUGUGCUCAGAGAUGUGAGCUUCUGGCCCAGAACUACACCCUUUUGCUGAGGAGUGUGACACUGGAGGAUGCUGGAGUCUACAAGGUGACCAAUCCUGAGACCAACAGGACCAUCGGCUCUGUCUCUCUGGAAGUCUCAGCCCUGCUGGCAGCAUCUCCAGUCUACUCUGUCUGCAUGUUUGUGAGCUUGGGCCUUUCCCUCACUCUCCCCUGCCAUGGAGACCACAGCAGGGAUGUGGAGUGGCGCUUUCAGGAGUAUGGGUAUCCUGACUGGCUGGAUGUGGCUGUACUCCACACCGGAUCCUUUUCCUCUGGAAACGGCUUCCAGGGACGGGUGGAAUCCUUCUACUUAAAAGAUCCGGGAAACUACAGCCUCACCCUCAGUCCUGUGGUGUACAGUGACCUCGGCAUUUACAAAUGCCAGUACAGGGAUGAGACUGAGAUCAUUCUUUUCGAUGUGAAACUAGAAAUUAGAGUCCCAUCAAAUGUUUCCGUAGCGAUGGGAAUGUCCGCCAGUCUUCCUUGUUUUGGGAAAAUUAAUACACAAGCGCGUGCUGAUGAUCUGGAUAUCCUCUGGAAGAGAGGUGGAGAGAACGUUUACCAGCUCCUUAAGAACACCAUCACAUAUGGGCCCGGGUUCGAAAACAGAGCUUCAGUUUCCCCAGAACAAGCCCUCUAUGGAAACAUGUCUUUAACCAUCAGACAGACACGGUUUUCAGAUGAAGGCGACUACCAGUGCUUCUACAACAGUCCAAAAGAGAGGCAGAAGAGGGGGAAUCCAGAUUCUGCCAGUCUGGUUGUGACAGGCCACCCACACCAGAACCUUACAGUGAAGGCCGGUGGUUUGCUCUCCAUACUGCUCUAUACCGCAGACCCAGUGAGGGUAACAUUCAGUGCAGGCCUUGGUUCAGAUGAGGUGCUGAUGCUCGAUUCAAAUAAAGGCCCAGCCAGGUAUGGGAAGCGUUGUGCUCAGAGAUGUGAGCUUCUGGCCCAGGAAUACACCCUUUUGCUGAGGAGUGUGACACUGGAAGAUGCCGGAGUCUACAAGGUGACCGAUCCUGAGACCAACAAGACCAUCAGCUCAGUCUCUCUGGAAGUCUCAGCCCUGCUGGCAGCAUCUCCAGUCUACUCUGUCCGCAUGUUUGUGAGCUUCGGCCGUUCCCUCACUCUCCCCUGCCAUGGAGCCCCCAGCAGGGAUGUGGAGUGGCGCUUUCAGCAGUAUGGGUAUCCUGAGUGGCUGCUCGUGGCUGUACUCUACACCGGACCCUUUUCCUCUGGAAACGGCUUCCAGAGACGGGUGGAAUCCUUCCACUUAAAAGAGCCGGGAAACUACAGCCUCCUCCUCGGUCCUGUGGUGUACAGUGACCUCGGCAUUUACAAAUGCCAGUACAGGGAUGAGACUGAGAUCGUUCUUUCAGAUGUGAAACUAGAAAUUGGAGUCCCAUCAGAUGUUUCCGUAGCGAUGGGAAUGUCCGCCAGUCUUCUUUGUUUUGGGAAAAUUAAUAUGCAAGCGCGUGCUGAUGAUCUGGAUAUCCUCUGGAAGAGAGGUGGAGAGAACGUUUACCAGCUCCUUGAGAACACCAUCACAUAUGGGCCCGGGUUCGAGAACAGAGCUUCAGUUUCCCCAGAACAAGCCCUCUAUGGAAACAUGUCUUUAAUCAUCAGACAGGCACGGUUUUCAGAUGAAGGCGACUACCAGUGCUUCUACAACAGUCUGAAAGAGAGGGGGAAUCCAGAUUCUGCCAGUCUCGUUGUGACAGGCCACCCACCCCAGAACCUCACAGUGAAGGCCGGUGGUUUGCUCUCCAUACCGCUCUAUACCGCAGACCCAGUGAGGGUAACAUUCAGUGCAGGCCUUGGUUCAGAUGAGGUGCUGAUGCUCGAUGCAAAUAAAGGCCCAGCCAGGUAUGGGGAGCGUUGUGCUCAGAGAUGUGAGCUUCUGGCCCAGAACUACACCCUUUUGCUGAGGAGUGUGACACUGGAGGAUGCCGGAGUCUACAAGGUGACCAAUCCUGAGACCAACAGGACCAUCGGCUCAGUCUCUCUGGAAGUCUCAGCCCUGCUGGCAGAAUCUCCAGUCUACUCUGUCCGCAUGUUUGUGAACAUCGGCCGUUCCCUCACUCUCCCCUGCCGUGGAACCCCCAGCAGGGAUGUGACAUGGAGCUUUCAGGAGUAUGGGUAUCCUGACUGGCUGGAUGUGGCUGAUCUCUACACCGGAUCCUUUUCCUCUGGAAACGGCUUCCAGAGACGGGUGGAAUCCUUCUACUUAAAAGAUCCGGGAAACUACAACCUCCUCCUCAGUCCUGUGGUGUACAGUGAUUUCGGCAUUUACAAAUGCCAGUACUACAAUGAUGAGAUCAUUCUUUCAGAUGUGAAACUAGACAUUAGAGAACCAUCAAAUGUUUCCGUAGCGAUGGGAAUGUCCGCCAGUCUUCCUUGUUUUGGGAAAAUUAAUAUGCAAGCGCGUGCUGAUGAUCUGGAUAUCCUCUGGAAGAGAGAUGGAGAGAACAUUUACCAGCUCCUUAACAACACCAUCACAUAUGGGCCCGGGUUCGAGAACAGAGCUUCAGUUUCCCCAGAACAAGCCCUCUAUGGAAACAUGUCUUUAACCAUCAGACAGACACGGUUUUCAGAUGAAGGUGACUACCAGUGCUUCUACAACAGUCCGAAAGAGAGGGGGAAUCCAGAUUCUGCCAGUCUGGUUGUGACAGGCCACCCACCCCAGAACCUCACAGUGGAGGCCGGUGGUUUGCUCUCCAUACUGCUCUAUACCGCAGACCCAGUGAGGGUAACAUUCAGUGCAGGCCUUGGUUCAGAUGAGGUCCUGAUGCUCGAUGCAAAUAAAGGCCCAGCCAGGUAUGGGGAGCGUUGUGCUCAGAGAUGUGAGUUUCUGGCCCAAAACUACACCCUUUUGCUGAAGAGUGUGACACUGGAGGAUGCCGGAUUCUACAAGGUGACCAAUCCUGAGACCAACAAGACCAUCGGCUCUGUCUCUGUGCGAGUCUCAGCCCUGCUGGCAGCAUCUCCAGUCUACUCUGUCGGCAUGUUUGUGAGCUUCGGCCGUUCCCUCCCUCUCCCCUGCCAUGGAGCCCCCAGCAGGGAUGUGACGUGGCGCUUUCAGGAAUAUGAGUAUCCUGACUGGCUGGGUGUGGCUGAUCUCUACACCGGAUCCUUUUCCUCUGGAGACGGCUUCCAGGGACGGGUGGAAUCCUUCUACUUAAAAGAUCCGGGAAACUACAGCCUCCUCCUCAGUCCUGUGGUGUACAGUGACCUCGGCAUUUACAAAUGCCAGUACAGGGAUGAGACUGAGAUCAUUCUUUCAGAUGUGAAACUAGAAAUUAGAGAACCAUCAAAUGUUUCCGUAGCGAUGGGAAUGUCCGCCACUCUUCCUUGUUUUGGGAAAAUUAGUAUGCAAGCGCGUGCUGAUGAUCUGGAUAUCCUCUGGAAGAGAGGUGGAGAGAACGUUUACCAGCUCCUUAAGAACACCAUCACAUAUGGGCCCGGGUUCGAGAACAGAGCUUCAGUUUCCCCAGAACAAGCCAUCUAUGGAAACAUGUCUUUAACCAUCAGACAGACACGGUUUUCAGAUGAAGGCGACUACCAGUGCUUCUACAACAGUCCGAAAGAGAGGGGGAAUCCAGAUUCUGCCAGUCUCGUUGUGACAGGCCACCCACCCCAGAACCUCACAGUGAAGGCCGGUGGUUUGCUCUCCAUACUGCUUUAUACUGCAGACCCAGUGAGGGUAACAUUCAGUGCAGGCUUUGGUUCAGAUGAGGUGCCGAUGCUCGAUGCAAAUAAAGGCUCAGCCAGGUAUGGGGAGCGUUGUGCUCAGAGAUGUGAGCUUCUGGCCCAGAACUACACCCUUUUGCUGAGGAGUGUGACACUGGAGGAUGCCGGAGUCUACAAGGUGACCGAUCCUGAGACCAACAGGACCAUCGGCUCAGUCUCUCUGGAAGUCUCAGCCCUGCUGGCAGCAUCUCCAGUCUACUCUGACCCUAUGUUUGUGAACAUCGGCCAUUCCCUCACUCUCCCCUGCCGUGGAGCCCCCAGCAGGAAUGUGACGUGGCGCUUUCAGCAGUAUGGGUAUCCUGACUGGCUGGAUGUGGCUGACCUCUACACUGGAUCCUUUUCCUCUGGAAACGGCUUCCAGGGACGGGUAGAAUGCUUCCACUUAAAAGAGCCGGGAAACUACAGCCUCCUCCUCGGUCCUGUGGUGUACAGUGACCUCGGCAUUUACAAAUGCCAAUACAUAGAUGGGAUUGGGAUCAUACUUUCAGAUGUGAAACUAGAAAUUAGAGCCCUGCUGGCAGCAUCUCCAGUCUACUCUGACCGCAUGUUUGUGGACAUCGGCCGUUCCCUCACUCUCCCCUGCCGUGGAGCCCCCAGAAGGGAUGUGACGUGGUGGUUUCAGCAGUAUGAGUAUCCUGACUGGCUGCUUGUGGCUGGACUCCACAACAGAUCCAUUUCCACUGGAAACGGCUUCCAGGGACGGGUGGAAUCCUUCUACUUAAAAAAUCCGGGAAACUACAGCCUCACCCUCAGUCCUGUGGUGUACAGUGACCUCGGCAUUUACAGAUGUCAGUACAAGGAUGAGACUGAGAUCAUUCUUUCAGAUGUGAAACUAAACAUUAGAGAACCAUCAAAUGUUUCCGUAGCGAUGGGAAUGUCCGCCAGUCUUCCUUGUUUUGGGAAAAUUAAUACACGAGCGCGUGCUGAUGAUCUGGAUAUCCUCUGGAAGAGAGGUGGAGAGAACGUUUACCAGCUCCAUAAGAACAUCAUCACAUAUGGGCUCGGGUUCGAGAACAGAGCUUCAGUUUCCCCAGAACAAGCCGUCUAUGGAAACAUGUCUUUAACCAUCAGACAGACACGGUUUUCAGAUGAAGGCGACUACCAGUGCUUCUACAACAGUCCAAAAGUGAGGGGGAAUCCAGAUUCUGCCAGUCUCGUUGUGACAGGCCACCCACCCCAGACCCUCACAGUGAAGGCCGGUGGUUUGCUCUCCAUACCGCUCUAUACCGCAGACCCAGUGAGGGUAACAUUCAGUGCAGGCCUUGGUUCAGAUGAGGUGCUGAUGCUCGAUGCAAAUAAAGGCCCAGCCAGGUAUGGGGAGCGUUGUGCUCAGAGAUGUGAGCUUCUGGCCCAGGAAUACACCCUUUUGCUGAGGAGUGUGACACUGGAAGAUGCCGGAGUCUACAAGGUGACCGAUCCUGAGACCAACAGGACCAUCGGCUCUGUCUCUCUGGAAGUCUCAGGACGCUCUGCUGGAGCAGUGGCUGGGAUAGUGGUGGGAGUGCUGGUUCUGGCUGGCAGUGCCUUUGCAGUCUGGAAGUUCUUCAGAAACCUUCAAAAUUCAGUUCAUUUCCGUGCAGCCAGAGCAGAAGAUCACUAAGGUUCCAGCUGCAGAGCAGCGUGCGUUCUGUUUCCUGACAGCCCUGAACCCCCUCUCUCUGUGUCCUGUAGGGCAGUUGUAAGUUGUUUCUCUGCAGUCCUCUCUCUGAGGGCUCACAUUCUUUAUUUCUGCAUAAGCUCCGAAAUGAGUCUGUCUGUUACUUUCAGCAUUCCAACACCAUCUUCCACUUCCCUUCAGGUUCGCCAGACCCCUCAUGCCAGAUACUCAUAGUUCUAAGAUCAAAGCUAUAGAUGACACUGGGGGGGAUUAACAACCUCCUUGCAUGUAGAGGAGGCAUAGUAGCAAAUGUUCAUUCGCUGUUAACCACGCUCGCGGUGUGAACCCCCCACAGUGUGAUAGCUUUGUGCCAACUCGGUGCCUAGAUAACUGCUGCGUAUCCCUAUAGAGCACCACCGGCGACUAGCGGGCACUGUCAGUAUUUCAAGGCUGCUCCAUUCACACCAGCAAAUGGAGGAAAGUCUAAUUGAAUAAUUAGCAAAUACAA